CACUAGCAUGCAAAAUAACCUUCCUUGCCACACUCUCAGGAGUAGUUUGGUUCCGACACAUUUUUGCACCUCGAGCGUUCGACACCUCCGAUUCCUCCUCUCCGAGAUCUCUCUCGUCCCCUCAAUUCCACUUGUCCUCUCGAAUCCACUUUAUAUCUCAGGUCGUUGAUCAACUGAGAGUAAUUGCUGAAAUUCUCGGCAGGGUUUUAUCUUUUUGACUGGGGAUUGAUAGUUCUUGGGGUGUCAAAUUGGAUUUAAAAUGGUUGUUCUUGCAGCUUCUAUCGUAACAAAGUCUGGAAAAGUGCUUGUUUCAAGACAAUUCGUUGAUAUGUCCCGAAUAAGGAUUGAAGGACUGCUCGCAGCAUUUCCAAAGUUGGUUGGGACUGGAAAACAACACACUUAUGUUGAGACUGAAAAUGUCCGCUAUGUCUACCAGCCAAUUGAGGCUUUGUAUCUGCUUCUUGUUACAAACAAACAAAGUAACAUUCUCGAAGAUCUAGAGACACUAAGACUCCUAUCCAAACUCGUACCAGAGUACUCAUGUUCGUUAGAUGAAGAGGGGAUCUGUAAUUCUGCAUUCGAGCUGAUCUUUGCGUUUGAUGAAGCCAUCUCUCUGGGCAACAAAGAAAAUUUGACUGUAGCACAGGUUAAACAGUACUGUGAAAUGGAGAGCCAUGAAGAACGACUGCAUAGGCUUGUCAUGCAAAGCAAAAUCAAUGAAACUAAGGAUGUCAUGAAGCGAAAAGCUAGUGAAAUUGACAAAAGCAAGAUUGAAAAGAGCAGAGGUGACAAAGGAGGACUCAUGUCAAUUUCUGGUCCUCGGAGACUUGAAAGUAGUUUUAGUGACAUGAGUAUUUCCAGCAGUGGAACUGGUUUCGGAAGCAGCUCUGGAUUUGGAUUGAGCACAGACUUUGACUCCACCAAGCCCAAAGGUCGUCUGCCAGCAUCUGCUACAGCUCCACCUAAAGGACUAGGCAUGAAAUUAGGCAAAACGCGGAGGGACAAUCAGUUCCUGGAAUCACUAAAAGCUGAGGGUGAAGUGAUUCUUGACUAUGUCCAACCAACUGCAGUUCAGUCGAAGUCAUCACUUCCACCGAGUGAUCCUGUUACACUGACGAUUGAAGAGAGGCUCAAUGUCACAAUUAAGAGAGAUGGUGGAGUUAGUAACUUUGAUGUUCAAGGGACUCUCUCUCUUCAAAUUAUUAACCAGGAGGAUGGGUUUAUCCAAUUUCAGAUCGAAAACCAAGAUGUGCUGGGCCUUAGCUUCAAAACACAUCCUAAUAUCAACAAAGAACUGUUUAAUAGCCAGCAUAUUAUAGGUCUGAAAGAUCCAAACAGGCCUUUUCCCAGCGGUCAAAAUGAUGUUGGUCUCAUGAAAUGGAGAAUUCAGGGGAUGGAUGAAGGCUCCUUGCCAUUGACAGUCAACUGCUGGCCCACAGUUUCUGGAAAUGAAACUUUUGUAAACAUUGAGUAUGAAGCUUUGGAGACGUUCGACUUGCAAAAUGUUGUGAUUUCAAUACCUCUUCCUGCACUUCGAGAGUCACCAAGUGUAAGACAGAUAGAUGGAGAAUGGAGGUACGACUCAAGGAACUCCAUAUUGGAGUGGUCUAUUCUUCUUAUCGAUCAAUCAAAUCGCAGUGGAUCAAUGGAGUUUGUUGUGCCUCGAGCUGAUUCGUCAGCAUUUUUCCCCAUUUCUAUCAGAUUUACUGCUGCGAACACUUUCAGUAAUGUGAAGGUUGUUAACAUCACGCCACUGAGAGGUGGUGGCCCUCCGAAAUUUUCUCAGAGGAUUCAGCUGAUCGCCGAUAAUUACCAAGUGGUUUAGUCUCCUAACAGAAGAUGCUCCUCCCUUUGACUUAUUUUGGUUUGAAUAGAUAAAACCUUUUAUCUAUUUGUAUAAUGAUAUAUCUCCAUAGACAUCCUAUGGGAAAAGAUACCUAUGGACUUCUGAUCACGUACAUAUGUUCCUCUAAAAACUCUAGCUAUUGCGUUUGAAACCAUUGCAUUGGCUUACAUUUCAGCAGUAGAUUUCACUGUUUAUUGUAUACACUGUAAUAGAAUUAUGGUGAUUCUCAGGGGUGUUAUCUGGUGAGCAUUUAUUU